UGAAACAUCGUUCAUGACACAAACAUCAGGUACUCCAAAUCGCAGCAACAACGAUUUAGGAAUGGCGGCAGGAGAAGCAUGGAUGGCCUAGGCAACCGUUCACUAAUUGCAUUGAAAAUCAGUGAAAUUAUCGUCAGAUAGUAAUCUGACAAGGUAAGAAAGAUGACAGCAUUAAAGCCAAAGCAACAUUCUGCUCCAACUGUUGAAGAAAUUCAAUCUGAUGUUCUGACUGAGUAUGCAGCUCAAUAUUGGGCCCCACACAGUAAGGGAGUUCAUUCUUCAUUUGAUGCGAAGAUCAUAGAAAAAAUUUACUUCAAAGAACUACUACCAAGCAAAUUUCAAGUUCGACGUAUCAUGCUGUUGGAAUUCAGUCAGUACUUAGAAUGCUAUUUAUGGCCAAAUUUUGAUGAGCAAAAGUCUUCAAAGGGUCAUGUGAUGUCAAUAUGCAUGAUGGUUAACGAGAAAUUUAGAGAAAAAGUUCCAAUGUGGGAGGCUUUCAAAUCAGAUCCAGCGAAUUUUCCCGGACUUAUUCGUCGUGUCAUGAAACUAAACAUUGAUGAUACAGGGGAAAUAUCAAUUAAAGAACAAACCAUUGCUCUGAUAUUUCUUACUCACUGCUUCAACAGCUUGGAAGUUGAUCUAAUCAGGGAAGAAAUCCAAAAACUCAUAUCCUUGCGUAUAUGGUCGUGCAUUUUGCCGGGAAGACUAGAACAGGAGCUGAAAAUAUUUCCGAAGUAUCGAAAAUUCUGGAAUUUGAUGAAAAAGAAAGAAAGUCAGAUGGAUGAAGCCGCUUUAAAAAGGGUCAACGAAGAAAAACAGUUCCUAUCAGAUCUGAUAAAACUGUUUUUCAAAAUACUGGACACUGUUCCAGCACUUGGAUCUUUCGAUAAAGACAUAAAAGCUUACUGCGAAAGAUUCGUCGAGUUGAUUAUUGAUCUCUUGUCGAUGCUCCCGACCAGAAGAUUCGUCAACGUCCUCCUGGAUGAUCAUCAUUUGGUGGUGAGAUGCAAGCUCUCUAACAUAGCAAAAAGAGAAAAGGAAGGACAUUUGUUUAAUCAGUUGGUUGACGCUCUUAAUUUCUAUUCACGAUUUGAAAUCAAUGAGCAUACAGGAACUGCACUUACUGACCAUGAAAUGUCUAGCUUGCACUGUGAAAAGAUAACCUCUCUACAACGAGCUGCAUUUAAACAUUUGCGAGACGAUUUGCUUGAUUUUUGCAUGGGAAAUGUUGCGAGUGUGGACAAAAGAGAGAGCCUGACAAAGCUUUUAGGAGUCUUAAGUAAAAAAAAGUUACAUACAUUAGCGGAACAUUUGAAACUUGUGCCAGAAAGGAAAUCCGUUCCAAAAGAUGUAUCUUUUGGCAAAUCGUUCCUGCUAGAAUUACUGGUUUCAAGACAUCAAAAACGACAAUCUCAAAUUGAAGUUCUAAAUGGAACGCCUUAUUAUCCAACUGAGGAGAUUCUUUGGGAUGAAAACAUCGUUCCUUCGGAGUAUUAUUCUGGCAACGAAUGCCUCGCUUUGCCAAAGCUGAAUCUGCAGUUUCUAACUCUUCACGACUACCUUUUACGGAAUCACAAUCUUUUUCAAUUGGAAUCGACAUACGAAAUUCGAGAGGAUAUAGCUGAUGCAGUUAGCAGAUUAAGGCCAUGGAAAAACGAAGUUGGUAAAACAGAGUUUGGUGGAUGGGCCAGAAUGGCAAAGCCAAUUACGGAUUUCAGUGUCGUUCAAGUAGGAAAGCCAAAUAUCAGUGAAAGCCGGCCAUCAGUUGUCAAAGCAGAUGUGACUCUUACACUAAGCAUGCAAAGGAUGAUUCGAAAUGAAUGGGAGGCUUUGAGGAAGCAUGACGUCGGGUUCCUAAUUGGAAUAGAUGCUGUCAGAAAGACACCUUCUGUCAAAUACGACAAAAAAAUUCCAUUCAAAGAGCAGUUUGGAGUAAAGUUUAUCCGAGGCUGUGAAAUCGAGGGAUUACUAGAUGAAGAUGGAAACGUUAUUGAAGAAGGGCCAGAUGCAAAGCCUCUGCCAAAGGGAGACGUUCGCACUUAUCGUGUUUGGCUUGACACUAAUCAAUACAAAAUUGAUUUAGAGCGGACAGCAAAGGGAAUGGAGGACGUAUAUGAAUCGUUCAACGUUUUCAUGCGCAGAAAACCCAAGGAAAAUAACUUCAAGGCCGUGUUAGAAACUAUACGUGAUUUAAUGAACACAGAAUGCCUUGUCCCGGAAUGGAUACAUGACGUAUUCCUUGGAUAUGAUGAUCCUGCGGCUGCAAACCAUUCAAGAUUGUCUUCUCAAAUAAGCUCUCUAGAUUUUUGUGAUACAUUCCUCAAUUUCGAACAUCUGAAGCAAUGUUUCCCGGGCCGCAAAGUGCAGUGUUCAGCUGAUGAUGCCAAGUUAAGGAUUCCUCCAUUUCGCCUGGCGUUUUCCCAGUCGAGUGAAAGAGGCAAAAGAAAAGCAGGCGAAGAAUCUCCCGUGAAAAGUGAGGACGAGGUUAUGGUUGAGCCGUAUGUCAUUCCAAACAGAGGCCCCUAUCCAUACAACAAGCCUAAAAUGAAUUCAGUCCCAUUCACACCUACGCAAAUUGAGGCAAUACAUUCAGGAAUGCAGCCUGGAUUGACAAUGGUAGUUGGGCCACCUGGAACUGGAAAAACAGACGUGGCAGUGCAAAUAAUUUCGAAUAUCUAUCACAAUUUUCCAAGCCAAAGAACCCUGAUCGUCACUCAUUCGAAUCAGGCUCUAAAUCAAAUCUUUGAAAAGAUCAUGGCCUUAGAUAUUGAUGAAAGACAUCUACUCCGUCUUGGUCAUGGAGAGGAAAUGUUGGAAACGGAAAAGGAUUUCAGUAGGUACGGACGAGUAAACUAUGUUCUGGCAAGACGGUUGGAUUUGCUGAAGGAAGUUCAGAGAUUGCAGGAAAGCCUCGGUGUCACUGGAGACGUCUCGUAUACAUGUGAAACUGCUGGGCAUUUCUAUCUAUACCAGGUCAUUUCAAGGUGGGAGGAAUACCAAAGCAAAUUAAAGAAAAGGAGCAAAGAUCUCAACGCAAUACGAGAAGAGUUUCCAUUUGCUAAAUUCUUUGAAAAUGCACCACAGCCCAUUUUCAAAGGAGGUUGUUACGAAGAGGACCUAGAAAUUGCAGAGGGUUGCUUCAGACACUUAAAGAAAAUCUUCACUGAACUAGAGGAAUAUCGAGCAUUCGAACUUCUUAGAAGUGGGAGAGACCGCUCCAAAUAUCUUUUGAUUAAAACAGCAAAAAUCAUUGCCAUGACUUGUACACAUGCAGCCUUGAGAAGACGCGACCUUGUUGAGCUCAACUUCAAAUAUGACAACGUCCUGAUGGAAGAAGCAGCUCAGAUUCUUGAGAUAGAAACAUUUAUUCCGCUCAUGCUUCAGAAUCCAGAAGAUGGCCUAAACAGGCUUAAGAGAAUCAUAUUGAUUGGAGAUCAUCAUCAGCUUCCACCUGUCAUAAAAAACAUGGCAUUUCAAAAGUUCUCAAACAUGGAACAGUCACUUUUUACUAGGUUUGUCCGACUUGGUGUACCUUACGUGGAACUUGAUGCCCAAGGUAGAGCUCGUCCAAGCCUAUGCGCUCUAUAUAGCUGGCGUUACAACCAUUUGGGCGACUUGCCACAUGUGAUUAGAACGAAGGAGUACCAGCUUGCAAACCCAGGAUUCGUAUACGACUUUCAACUGAUUGAUGUUGGUGAUUUCAAUGGAGUCGGCGAGACAGAACCUACUCCUUACUUUUAUCAAAAUCUUGCCGAGGCAGAGUACUGCGUUGCUUUGUUUAUGUACAUGAGACUUCUGGGCUACCCCGCUUCCAAAAUCUCUAUACUCACCACUUACAAUGGGCAAAAACAUCUAAUUAGGGAUGUUAUAAAGCAGAGAUGCGGAGACAACCCUUUGAUUGGCAAGCCACACAAGGUCACAACCGUUGAUCGUUACCAGGGGCAACAAAAUGAUUACGUCAUUAUUUCUCUUGUCCGGACAAGGGCGGUCGGUCAUUUGAGAGAUGUUCGUAGGCUGAUUGUGGCCAUGUCACGUGCUCGGCUUGGGCUGUAUAUUUUUGCAAGAGUUAGCUUGUUUCGCAACUGUUAUGAACUCUCUCCAGCUUUUAACCAGCUUUGCGCCAGACCACAAAAGCUGUUUCUGGCUCCUUGGGAAUCGUAUUCAACCGCGCGGCCGAAUGACAAACCUCCGCAAGGACAGUUCUUUGUUUCGGAAGAUAUGCCACAUCUUGCUAAGUUUGUCUUUGAUAUAUAUGGUGAACGUAUACAAGAUAUUCAAGCUAAGCGCAAUAUUGAGCAUAAGAUGGAAGUUGUGGAGGAAGUGAAAAAGACAACGCAAGAAAGCAAAGAAAGCAGGAAAGACGAGAAGGAUGAGAAAGAAGAGUACAUUAUUAACGAGGUGAUAAUGGAGGCAAAAAGCACAAAAUGAAAUAGUUCCGGGAAGUUGGAUGUUUCUUUAACUAGUUCUUAUUGUAGCGCUGCGAAUAGAGCGAUGGAACUUCUGCUUAGACUUAUGAACGUUUAAAAGAAAAGAUGAAGUAAAGGGUAAGAGAUUGCCUCAAAACGUAAUUGACGUAUUUUGUAGCGAAUAAAGAAUAAGGUCUUUGAUGCUUUGAUAAAGCUGUUAGAUAGUUGCAAGAAGGUGCCUUUGCAUAAAGUGAUGCUAUUUGGUAUACCAUUUCAAUAAGAUAAUGAUUUUUGAGAUAAGGCAUCAAGCAUAAAACGCAUAUAGCGAAGCAGACGUGCAUCUGAUUUAGUUUUUGUAGGCAUGUUUUUUGUAUACUUGACAGCUCGUAACAAAAGGGAACGCAAGGAAUUAGGCUUAUAUUCAGACCUUCAGACACAGUAGUUAUUAUCGCCGUUUAUCUUAACGUAUCUGAUAGGAGCAAAAUGUUUUUUCCAUGAGCUGUUAGUUAUUGGCAAUGCCAGUUUCUUCAUUUUCCAUCCGAAUUCCAUCCAAUGGAUGGUUUGUUGCCCUGAUUUGUCGCCCUGCUUUGUCGCCCUGAUUUGUCGCCCUGCUUUUUCGUCCUGCCUGGUCUGGCUUAUUACUGCAAAUUCCGAUUUAAAAGCGUGACUGAGGACACCAGGUACCUGUGGCAAAGAGCCGCUGUCAAAAUGCAAAUUCAUUUUUCAAACGACAUGAUGUUUCAGUAUUUGCAAAGUUUGCUUCUGUGCUUCUUCUAACAAUACAUUUCAUGUUACAAAAGGACAUCUGGCUUUACAAUAGUCUCCCUGUUAGCGUCCUGUUUGUGUGAGCAGAGCAACCUCACCUUGCAGCCCAUAUGCUUGCAGAUUUGGGUGUAACCACCGCACAUUUAUGUGCAAAUUUCACAAAAACUUCAAGCUUCUUGCUUCUUUUUUAUCCCACGUCACAGCUUUACGUUCAGAUUUCGUUGAACUUCUUUCGCGUGCACAAAUUCAGAAUUUUAUCCCACCUUCAUGCUUUCUAAGCGCUGAUAUUGAAAAUUUUCCCACAAAAGGAAUCGGGCAAGUUAAGAGCAAAAUAAAAGGUUUCUCGUAUAAACUUGAUUCUACACCCUUGAUAAAUCAUAAGGUAAAAGGGUGAAAAUGGGAUCCACCAAGAAAAGGACUUCGGAUGGGAAGCUUAAUCGAUGACUAUCUUAGUUCUCUCAUUUAUCUUGAUUGGAAAUAGCCAAGAUGAGAAAAUCCACUAGAAAAUUUUUUUUGGAAAGUUGUUCCUAUACCUUAUUCAUAUUGCCAUCUCAGGUUUCGAAAAUAUUUCUUCUUCAAAAUUUGGCUUUUACUUCUGGCUUUAGAAAUGAUGAAAAUGCUUGUACAGGAGAUUCUAGAACUCCAGCACAACCAACUAUCGCCAGUACAACCAACUAUCGCUGACUGUGGUACAAACCACAGUAAUUGGAUGUACCAAAUUGACUGUUAUUCCAACUUUCGGUAGUACCCCUAGACUUUCCUAGAAGCCAUACCUGUCUGUCGCCAAGGUAUUUUCUUGCUGUUCCUUUUUGUUGUGCAUUAUGAUUUUUCAAGUUGUCAUAGAAGUGGCUUUUGCUUAGAAUUUGUUGCCUCUCGGCCUUUGAAUUAGUGAUAAUUUUUUACCGUACGUGUGCGCGACUGCCUACAUAACGUCUUGAAAACGGUUGACAAAUCUAACAACGUUCGGUAUCAAAAACAUCGAGAGAAAGACUUUUUUGAUUGCUAUCUGCUGUUAAAGAGUGAUUGCUUGCAAUGUCCAAUCUUUUAAAGAGUUCACAACGGGGCUAUCAGAUGCAUAUCUGCUUCGGCUGGACCCUUCCUGGUGAUUUGGCAGUCAAAACUUUCAAACGAUGAAGUCAAGUAUACAACACAAAUUUUAAAAUGAAUGUGUCAACCUUGUAA